CUAAAGGCUACCGCUGGAUAGGCUUUUCAAAACGCUAACGUUCAUAAUUACACUAAUUAUAAAAAAGAAGGAAAAACAUACAAGAAGCUUGUUAGAAGGGGUGUAAUUGGGAUUGACGGAAAUGGGAAGAGGAUUCAUCUGGUACUCUUUCCCCGGCUGAGUUUCUUGGUGCUGUGCCGGGCCCUACAUUGUUCACUGUCAUCCUCACAGUCACUCUGAAUCUCUGAGGCUUGGAAUGGUUAAUAGGAGGGAGUUUGUCAUCAAUAAUUGACGAAAGCCUCUUCUUCUCCGUUUGGAUCCGUAUAAAUAAGAAAAAAAGGAAGCAUCCGUAAGCUUCAUCUGUCUCAGCUUCAGAAUGUCCACCGCCGCCGGCUCUCUCGUCUCUCCCCUCUUCCGACACCACAGCGAUUCAUAUCGAAUACCACAAGUUUCAAAAUGGAAAACAUGGAAUGGAAGAGCACAGUACUUGGAAAUGCCUAUGCACUUCCAAAGACGUUUAUCUACCGAACAACAUCACAGAAGCAGUGCAGGGAGUAUUAACAGCUUUCGUUCGAGAUUGAAAGCAAGGUUUACAGUGAACGCGUCUUCAGACCAUCCACUUGAAUUCGAGUCAUCAAACAACCCUUUGAAGUCAAUUCAAGGGACUGUAGAUGCCUUCUACCGAUUUUCACGUCCUCAUACAGUCAUAGGAACAGCACUGAGCAUAGUUUCAGUUUCUCUUCUUGCAGUUGAGAAGCUCUCGGAUAUUUCACCAUUGUUUUUCACAGGGGUGCUUGAGGCCAUUGUUCCUGCUCUCCUUAUGAAUAUAUACAUAGUCGGUUUGAAUCAGUUAUCUGAUAUUGAAAUAGACAAGGUAAACAAACCAUAUCUUCCAUUGGCAUCAGGCGAAUAUUCCGUGAAAACUGGCGUACUGAUAAUUUCUUCUUUUGCUGUUAUGAGCUUUUGGCUUGCAAGUGUUGUUCGUUCGUGGCCAUUAUUUUGGGCUCUUCUUAUCAGUUUUGGACUUGGAACUGCCUAUUCAAUCAAUCUACCACUCUUGAGGUGGAAGAGAAUUGCAUUAGUUGCUGCAAUGUGCAUUCUCGCUGUGCGGGCAGUCAUUGUGCAAAUGGCAUUCUAUUUGCAUAUACAGACUCAUGUGUAUGGAAGACCUGCUGUCUUUUCAAAACCUUUGAUAUUUGCAACAGCAUUCAUGAGCUUCUUCUCAGUUGUUAUUGCGCUAUUCAAGGACAUUCCUGAUAUUGUUGGAGACAAGAUUUUUGGAAUUCGAUCUUUUACUGUUCGAUUGGGCCAAGAAAGGGUCUUUUGGAUCUGUAUUUCACUACUUCAAAUGGCUUAUUUUGUUGCAAUAUUGGUUGGAGCAUCCUCAUCAUGUACUUGGAGCAAAUAUUUGACGGUUUUUGGUCAUGCUGCUUUAGCCUUGAUACUUUGGAGUAAUGCUAGAUCAAUGGACUUCAGCAGAAAAGAAGCUAUCACAUCUUUUUACAUGUUCAUAUGGAAGCUUUUCUAUGCUGAGUACUUGCUCAUACCAUUUGUGAGGUGAGCAUGGUAGCUCUGGUGGCAUCACAAUUUGACCCUCCUUAGGAAUGUAGGUAACUCUGUAUUUUAUUGAUCUUGUAAAUUGUCUGAAAACUACGUUUGUCAUAACGUGAGCUCUCCUCUGCUCUCUUUUACUACUCUGGUCCCAAAUUCCUAAUUAUAGAUCAUCAACUAGGGUAACGUUUGCGUACACAUCCUCCCGAGUAAGUUUUGCAUACACAUGCCCUCCCUAGACCCUACUCUUGCGGGAUUCAACUGGGUUGUUGUUGUUGGUCCUUUUAUAGGUCUUGUUUAUUAAGAAUUACUUUGAUCUCUUAGUACUUUUAUCUCGCUAAUUACAUAUUUUAUUUACUUUUUAAACAUAUUUGCUCAUAUGAAAUGAAGUCUUGUUGAAUGA